AAGCUAUGUCAGUUAUAAGUGAAAAUUUGUUAUUUAAUGUUUGGGAAAAUAAACUUUUAAAAUUCAGUUAGCGUAUCGUGGCAGUUGGCUGCAAUGGCAAAUCAAUCAUGUCGCUGCAAGCAUAAAAAGGAAUCGCGUGUCCUCGUCAUCAACACCGGCGGUUGCAUUGGUAUGAUACGGCAAGCCGACGGCAGUUUGAAAAGUAUCAAGGAUGAACUCAUCAAGCGACUGCGCGAAGAUUCCAGCUGCCACGACAAAAGAUAUAAUCUGGCUUUCGAGAGGGGCGAAGACUCGCCUUUGGUGCUACCACCGAUUCAUGGCGCAGAAUUCCGUGUGAUCUACGAUAUAUUGGAAUUCUCGCCAUUGAUGAACUCUUGCUCCUUACAGACGGAUGACUGGGAGCACAUAGCCAACGAAGUGGGCGACAAAUACGAGCGCUAUGAGGGCUUUGUCAUUCUGCAUGGCAGAGACACCUUAACCUUUACUGCCUCUGCUCUCGCUUUUAUACUUGAGAAUCUGUCCAAGCCCGUUGUACUAACCGCCAGCCAGUUGCCCAUUGUUGAGAUGCGCACAGAUGGUCGGGACAAUUUUAUUUCAUCGCUGCUGAUAGCUGGCAACUAUGACGUGCCCGAGGUAAUGGUAUUCUUCGGUCACAAGUUGUUGCGCGGCUGCCGCUCCACAAAGCGGGCAAGCAAUUCUUUUCACGCAUUCGAUUCGCCCAAUUUUCCCGCACUCGGCAUAUCUGGCGUUAACAUCGACAUAGAUCAGAAGCACAUACUUAGGCCUAGCGACACAGAUUCAUUCUCUGUAUUCACUGGAAUGGAGCGGAAUGUGGGCCUGCUGCGCUUGUAUCCAGGCAUUACAGUAGAAAUAAUGCAAGCCGUUUUUAAUGACCCUAUCAAGGGCGUUGUCUUACAGACCUACGGAGUCGGUAAUAUACCAACCAAAGAUACUUCGUUCCUCGAAGUGAUUUCAGAUGCGGUUCAGCGUGGUGUUCUGGUUGUGAAUAUGACGCAAUGCUCAGUUGGUAAAGUGUUGCCCGAGUCCCUAUCGAGCAGUUGGAUGGAUGUUGGCGUCAUAUCUGCCUCCGAUAUGACUCAGGAGGCAGCAUUGACCAAAUUAUCUUAUGUGCUGGGAAAAAAGGAAUGGGACGCAGAGAGUAAGAAGGAAAUGAUGGCCCGAAACUUGCGCGGCGAGAUGAGCGUGUCCAAAUUGUCAGUCAGCACUGAGGUCGAUUUGAUUGAGGGCGUGGCACGUGGUCUUAACGUAUCCAGUAACAAGAAACGUGACGAAAUGUGCUCCACAUUCUUUCCAGCGCUCGUCGAAGCAGCCGUUCGAGAGGAUAAUUCGCAGAAACUGACAAGCCUCAAGCAAUACGGUGCGAAUCUGAGCGAUACGAACACGGAGGGACGGACUGCUUUGCAUCUGGCAUGUUUUCUGGGCAAGGUAAGCUGCGUGCGAACCCUAUUAGACGAAGGAUGCCCAGUGGACUUGACCGAUCGAUUUAAUCGAACGCCGCUGCACGAAGCCAUCGAUACAGACAACCAUCAGAUUAUAAAAAUAUUGCAAAAGAGAGGCGCCAAGCUAACAGAAAAUCCAUUGGAUCUGGCCGAGCAAUUGCGUCCACUCGCCGAGCAUGGGAAUAUCGAGCGCUUGGAGUCGUAUCGCUUGGCCUGUGCCGAUCUCGAGGUAUCCGAUGGCAGCGGUCGCACGCCACUGCAUCACGCCAGCCAGCUCGGCCAAAUCAAGGUGGUUAAGUAUCUGUUGCCCUUCUAUCGCAAUCCCAGUGCCAAGGACAACGUCGGGCUGUGUGCUAUACAAUAUGCCAAAGCCGGCAAUUACAGUAGCAUUGUCGCUUUGCUGUCUGCAGACAAAAAGUGUUGAAGCAUGUAUAAGCAAACAAAAAAAAACGUGAGCUUUUUGCUCUGAAUAUUCAGACAGUUUGAAUUGCAAAUUUAUAAUAUGCGUAUAUAUCCAUAUAAUUAAAAUA